AUGGGACAAUCAGCAUCUAAGAGCGUCUAAUCACAAUAUAUGAGGAUGGGUAGAUAAGCGGAACCUGGCCCUGAAUGCAAAAAGCUCAAUUAUCUACUAGCUGAUGGCACCAUAUUCCCAGGAAUUGAGGACAAACUAGAAUUCUUGAAUUAAAAAUACGAGGCUGAUGAUGAAUUCAAGUAGUUUAUUGAUGAGCUUAAUUUAGAAUGCUAAUUCAAUCAGCUGUCCAAUUUAAGACGAGAGAGUAAGAAUUUAUCUGAAGAAAAAUGCGAACAAAUUAAAAUUAGACUGGAAGAACUCUUUGAGUUUAAAUCUUAGUAUCCCUGGGAAGAAGAAAUUUGA